GUCGGCAGUAGUUGGCCGCCGCAGUUGUUUUCUCUCGCCGCUCGCGUCCUCCCGCACUCCUGCCGCUUUUACGUCUGAUCGAAUCCCGCUGGUAUCGACUUCUGUACGUGGGGCGCAGUGUCCUGUGAGAUGGGCAAGACGUACGACAUCAUCCGGUACCACGUGGCUCCACCGCUACUAAUCGUCGGCUUCACAUGUGGCGUUCAAUUGCUUGUUCUGGUUGGCGCCGGUCAGCCCGCCACACUGUCCGUCGCGCUCUCGCGCUGCUGGGGCAACACGUUUUCGUGGACGGCCGUAAUCCUCUUGCUGAAGUGUGCCGCACUCUCCCUCCACGCGCCAGGCCCUUCCAAAUACGGGCCGCACUCGAGCGACAAAUCCAGGCCACUCUACACGCUCAACGGCGUAGCGUACUACGUGACAACCUUGCUGGCGUUCUCGUGCCUGCUGGCCUUACGGCCGGACCUCGCCGACGCAAUUCAUCAGUCACAUCCGGAGCUGGUGGGGACGCUCAACCUGGUAGCUCUGGCUCUGUGCCUGUGGCUUCUGAUCGACGGCAAACGUCGCGCCCAGUCCGACGACCCCCCGCGGCCAAUAAUGUACGAGUUCUUUCGCGGCAUGGAGCUUCAUCCCAGAAUUCUGGGCGUGGACGUCAAGCAGUGGACCAACAGCCGCGUCGGCUUAAUGGCGUGGCAGCUCCUCGUAAUCGCAUUCUUUAUAGCGGGCGUGCGCCGCAAUGGCUUCAGCGCAGCCGCCUUCGUCACGAUGAUUCUGCAAACGAUAUACUUGGCGAAAUUCUACUACUGGGAGUGGGGGUACUUCCAGACUCUCGACAUAACGCUGGACCGAGCCGGGUACUACAUAUGCUGGGGGUGCCUGGUCCUAGUUCCAUCGCUGUACACGUUCACCAGCAACUACCUGGUAACGCAUCCUCCAGUGGCAACCGCUCCUCUGGCAGCGGCCGCCCUCGUGUUGGGACUCGCAUCCGUACUUCUCAACUACCGCGUCGACUACGAGAAAUUAUGCUUUCGUACCGCCAAGGACGGCAGAUGUCAUCUGUGGGGUCGUCCGGCGCAGUUUCUGGAAGCAGAGUACAAGGACAAGCAGGGCCGAGUACAUCGAACGCGGCUUCUGGUGUCAGGGAGCUGGGGGGUGGCUCGCCACCUCAACUACACGUUCGAGAUCCUGAGCGCCCUAGCGUGGUCGCUGCCGGCGAUGGGCCUGGGAAUUCUGCCGUUCCUGUACGUGAUCUUCCUGACCCUACUCCUGGUCCAUCGGGUCUACAGGGACGAGGAGAAGUGUCAGCAGAAAUACGGGAGCAGCUGGCAAGCCUACUGUCGUCUGGUGCCCUACCGCCUGCUGCCGUGGAUUUUCUGAGCUUCGCCGCUGCUGCCACCGCCGCCAGCGUCAUGCACCAGCUGGAGGCCACCUUAGAGGAGGUCGAGCUGGAGGAGGAGGACGAAGAUGAUGACUAAGCUGCCCAAUCUGUGUCCGGUAAUCAAAUGAUGUCCGCCAGCAAAAAUGGAAAACUGCUUCAGAAAAAUUAUGCACAUUAAGUGACUACUUGGCCACAGCAAGCUACAGAAAAACGCCCCCAGAAAAAUGGAAAACUGCUCCAGAAAAAUUACAUACGAAAAGUGUCUAGGUCCCUAGCUUGCAGCAAGCUACAGGAAGAAGGUUAACGGUAGAAAGAGCCGAACAUAGCUCGCGAUCCUGCUUCCGUUUAUUGGUGCUCUGUGACGGAAAAACAGACUUUACCAAAAAGCGGAAAUAUGGUACAUAAAUGAAAAUCGGAAUAUUUUACUGUAUUUUGAAAAAAAAGAAGAUUUGGAAUUUCGACAUAAAUAUCGUAUUUUCACGAACAAGAUCAGCUACCAUUGCAUUUUAUACUACCACUUGUGUAUAAAAUUUACGCGGAUAGUCAAUAACGCACUGUGAAAUGUACAAAACAGACCAUAAAUUUGAGACUUACUACUAACUACACACUUAGGAACUAUAUUACAUAUAGCAUGUCCGAUUGACAUCUGUCCUCUGCCUCACUGCACUUUAAUAACGAGAUAUCCCGUUUUGUACGAACUGAAUUUGUGACGAAUAAAGCGGCGCAGAAAACUGCAUGUGGGUUAUUGUUUUUCUUUAUACUAACGUAACAAAAAUUGAAAGUUUAUGUGUUAUAAUAAGAUGUGGUAACAGAAAAAACCGAAUUCUACUAGGAUCUCUCAGUUAUAAAGAGUGAGACAUAAAGAUGACUAAAAGUUGCAUUUGAUAACAGCUACAAAUCGAAGAGAACUGAAAAGGCAUUUCUCAGACUAAAAACCUAUUCAGUACUUUAGUUCCUCGAUUGUUUCAAACUAACAGCCGUCCGCGUAACUGCAUAAUGUAAAAAAAAAAAAAAAAAAAAAAGUUAGGACGUCACACGAUGCUUACCGGUAAUGGGGACUACAGGAGCCAGAAAUUUUUUCUGAACUAUUUUUUUAAUAUUUCGAUGUUUCGUGGUUUUCUUUAUUAAAAUUCGUUGUCAAAACUCUUAUAACUAUUACUAACGUGUGAGCUAAGACUCCUCAUCCUUCACUAUUACGUCUCCUUUUAAGAUCAUCGUUUCUUAAAACCGUAUCGAUGCGACUGCAACCUAAUCAACGAUACUGUAUACAAGUGCACUUUGUCGAACUGAUUCGUGUUGGCUACUUUCGACCAAUUUGUGAAUUCUUUACGUUGUUGAUGCACCGUUACCACUUCGUAUUCUUCCAGCCUUAUUCAUUUUCUGACCGGUUUUAUUGUCAUCAAUUAGCCAACUGACAGGGUGGUAAUGUUGCAUUACACUUUUGUCUCUCCAGGCUUAAAUUUCACCAUCAUUCUAGCGCACAGUCGCCCACAUUGGGAAUGACACUUGCUGCUACACGAUUGGCAUCAGUUGGGCACAUUACCCGUUCUUCCUAGCCGACAAUAAUGUUUAGGCUUUAAAUUUUUUUUAAGUAUUUCACUUGGGAUGCAGUAGGCGUUAAUGAAAUGAAAUCAAAUGUCGUGUUGAGAGGGCUUCCCGACGGGUAGACCAGUCGCCUUGUACAAGUCUAUUUAGUUGACGACACAUCGGCGAAUUGCGUGUCGAGGAGGAUGAUAUGAUGAUGAAGACAACAGAGCAGAAAGUCCCCGAGCGGAGCUAAUCUCCGACCCAGCCGGGAAUCGAUCCCAGGCCCCACGCGUGGCAUUCUGCCGCCAUCACCACUCAGCUAUGCAGCCGGACAGCAGGCGUUAAUAGGAAUAUGAUUCAAAAAACUGCUCAUGGUGAAAAGGGAGGUGGGAUUGCUCCUUUGAUCUGGUCGUAUCCCAUCGACGAUCUAACAAGGAGACCGCACCUACUCGUCACCACCGAUUUCGUCCAAGUUUAUCGUGUAUGCAGGGUUAGACUACAAAUGGGAGUUCAAGAUGGCCAGGCGUUUCGAAAAAAACGGCAUUUUUGAUGAGGCGUGAGCUGUUCAUGUUUGCGUAGUUUCCAGGCAGCAGUUGGCACAUAGGAAAGAAUGCAGAACGGUAUUCUGAGGGUCGUGAGGUUGUGUCCCAACGCAGAAACCCGUCUUUACUUGUUCAGUUUUUACAUUACACACAUUGCAGAUAAACGGGAAUAAUGCUCAAUGUAUUGAAUUUAAUAAUAUCUUCAUAAAAGGCCUGGAAAGAAAAAGAAAAGAAAUCGACAUUGCACAUGAUUUCCAAGAAAGAAUUGUACUUACAUCGCCCACAAGACUCUGCAAGUAAUUUUCCAGGAAGGGUUUGCAAUUAAAGCGUCCAGAAAUUCGUAUUCCGUUACUUUUAUUUUCACAUGAACAGUAGACUUCCCUGUUUUUCCGAUGAAUAUCAACCCAGCACGUGUAAAUCAUCAACACUAAAAUAAUAAAACAACCUAAUUUUAUAUGCGAAGCUCUUGUGUACACCUUACGUCUCCUUCCUCGAAUUUAUUUGCAAACCCAAGUAUUCGUUCACCAUUCUUUUUCAUGCCUUUUAUGAAAAUAUUAAUAAAUCCAAUAUAUUGAGCAUUAUUUAUGUUUGUUUGCAGUGAAUCUAACGUAAAAAUUGAAAUCUUAUGACCCUCCCAAUACCCUUCUGUACUCCUCCCAUUGUGCCAAGCUCUUUCUGGAAGCUUUGCUAACAUGAACGCGUCCUGCCUCACCCAACCAUCAGCGCGGGUGGACACGGCACGCUUAUAACUUUUCGCCUGUUUCCGCUCGCGGCCUGUUGUCACGUUAUUGUUUCCUCACUCUACCAGCCUUCAUGAUUUCACCGCGAGAGUCACUGACACCUUAAGUGCAGAACUAAUUAUUCCUCUAAUUUUCAGUAACACUUGUAAAUAGUAGUUGUAUUUAUUACACACACAGUAGAUGCUAAUAUGUUUAUGGAUUCAUAAAUAACAUGUAGUGGAAUUCACAGCAGACAAAUGUUUACAAAUUUAUAGCACGAAGCUCACUCAAAUACUAGAGUCACAUUGCCGUCAGAUUACCUUUUGUGAGAAAUUUAUAUCACCUUAACAGGGCGAUCACUAUUUUCAAAAUCGCUAAGCAUGAAUAGAAGAUUUGUUUGUAAGAACUAUAAGACAUGAAUGAACGUAAGGAUAGGAUUCUCCAGAGAACAUAUAUCAAGAACUGAAGUCGUUGCUGUUUGCUAGAUGAUACACAAGUUGGUGAAUAACAGUCUGUAAAGCUGUUAAGCGUAUUUCAGGAUAGGUCGUGCUGAGAAAUAAUUGUUAAGAAAAAAGAAUUGAUAAGUUGCGCCGAUUCCACGUUAAUUGGCAUUGAAGUUAGCUAAUCACGCAGUAGCACGUAAAUUCAACCUGCCCACCAGACAAAACUUGUAUUUGUUGUUCUCAUAGUGUAGAUGAUAGCCCACGAGAGUGCUCAGCCUUGUUGCGGGUUCGAUCCUUACUACCGCCCCACGUCCAAUGUUUGUAUCACUCUCUUGUUCAUUUUUAGCAAACCAAACUAAGAAUAUGUUUGCCGACACCGUCUUUGGCGGGUCUCUGGAAUUACACGCGCAACGAUCUGAUUGGAUAACUACAAUGCUAAUUAACUCAGAAACGGCCCAACGUAUCGAUUUUUUAAACAAUUAUUCCUCUGCACAACCUACCCUGCAACACUCUUACAAGUUUUCAGACUGUUUCUCACUGUCCUGUAUAUCACAAAAAAAAUUGCUAAACUUUAGUGGGAAAAUGUCAUUCCUGUCACCACAUGGUCAUUUACUGUAAGGUUUGAGGUAAAACAGUGUAAAAUAAUGCCUCUAAGAAUCGUGGAAGUUUUGUCAUAUCUGUUUAUGUAAUAUAACCGUUUGUACAUUGUGUUGGAGGCUUAUAUCAAGAACUGGCUUAACAUCUGCGUAAUGGAUUUCAGAAAAAUCUCUAAAGGUCAGUACCUCGCUCAGGUGGGUCUUGUCCUAGACUAACAGUGAUGAAUGCGGCGAGAUGACUGGAUCCGACUGUGAAUAACCUCUAGUCUCACGAGCCAGCGGGCUGUACGUCACAAUAUAAUAGCAAGAUGGACUGUUUAUAUCUAGUACAAGAAAUGUAUUCACUGUUGCGAAUGUGAUCAGACUCCAGGUGUGCAAAGCAUUAGUGACAACGAAAAAUUAUGCCGGACUGGUGCUCCAACCCGGAUUUCCUGCUCUAGGCUAGCGGUCACCUAACCCGCCUCGGCCAUCCGCGAACGCCUACCGCCAGGACCGACCCAAUUUUCCACCUGUCACCAAGAUCCAGCAUUGUGUACUCGCACACUUGCUGUGAUUACUGCACAGAGCGAAACCUUCGAUUAUUGACGCGACCUUGUGUGGGCAUGAAAUAUUAUUUUGCAAUAUCUGUGUUUUUACAAUGUACCUUGCAGUGGACUUCAGACAUGUUUGAUGGACAAAGCAUAGUACACUGUAAGACACAGGCACUGCAAUAUAGUGUCUAUAGCUACAAUGAUCCUCAAUAGGAAUCGGUGGUAUACCCCUAGUUGUCAUUCAUCAGACUGAGAUCAAUGAAAUUUCUGAAUGGAUACUGAUAUGAAUAAUAAUAGCCAUCGCACAUAACGGUCGUAUUUAAUACUAUGCUGUUUUGGGAACCAGGCUUAGAUAGGUGCUGCUGUAGCCAACAGUGAUAAAGGUGGCAUGACGACUGGAUCCGACUGUGGAUAAUUUCUAGUCUUACAAUGUAGUAGACCGUACUUUUCAGUAUAAUAGCAAGCUGAACUCCUUUUGUAUCCUAUACAAGAAGUGCAGUCACCGUUGCGAAUAUGAUCACACUCCAGGUGUGCAAAGUGUUAGUGACAACUAAAAUUUGUGCUGGACCUGGGCCCGAACCUGGGUUUCCUGCUUUAGGCCAGCGGUCGCCCAACACGCCUCGGCCAUCCGCGAACGCCUCCCUGCAGGACCAACCCAAAUUUCCACCUGUCACCGAGUUCCAACAUUGUAUACUCCCACACAUGCUCUGAUUAAUGCACAGGGCAAAACCUUCGAUUAUUGUCGCAGCAUUAUGUGGGCAUGAAAUACUAUUUUGCAAUGUCUGUGUUCUUACAAUGUGGCGUGAACGUGAAAUACUGUUUUACAAGGUCUGUGUUUUUAUAAAUGUUUGACGGACACAGUAUAGUACAUCGUAAGACACAAGCACUGCAUUGUAGUGUCUAUAGCAACACUGAUACUUAAUAGCAAUUGGAGGUAUAAUUCUUGCUGUCACUGAUCAGUCUGAGAUCAAUGGAAUUUACAAUGGAUAUCCAUGUUAAUAAUACUAAUAAUUAUGGUAACCGUAACAUAUAACGGUGUUAUUUAGUAGCAUGGACUUAUGGGAACCAUAAAUCACUAAUGAAGUUUUUUUGUGGAGAACUGCAUAAUGCAUUACACAGCUGUAACUGUAUAGUUUAUAAAAGACGAUCGAUUUCGGUCUAUGACGAGACCUUCAUUGGGUCCAUAUUUGCAUUUGCGUAAUUUUCAUAAGAGUCAUCAGAUGUACGUUGUUCCAUCGUUGAUAUUGACCGCAAAUCAAUUACAGCCUCUCCAUUUAUCAAAAUAAAAUAUCUCUCCUAAACAGUUCUCAACUUUUCGAUCAAUUUUUACUAUGGAUGACUGCCUAAAGCGAGGCUGUGGACUGGUGUGUAAUAUGCAAAGGUAGCUGACGUUUUGCCUAGUUUCAGAUUUACAUAAAAUCCAGAUUUUUGACAAAUAUGGUAUAAAAUUUUUUGUAUGUUUCAGAUUUAAAUGUACACAUUCUUGUACUUCAGUGGGUCCAGGAGAAUUGUCGCUAUUGAAUUUACAUUUGUACGACAUUUUUUCAAAACUGAGUGAUUUUCUGAGAGGUUAUAGUCGGUUAUAUGGAGUCAGUAGACGAAGCAAGUAGUUUGGAGAAUAUUUACUCCUAACUUUACUAAAAUUGUCGUGAAGAGCCUUGCAGUGUCAGCACUGCUUAUAGGUUUAUAAAAUAUUAUGAUCGCAAAUGUUACCUGACAUAAUAUGUACCCACCACAUCUUCAAACAUGUCUACAAGUAUUUAAUUGCACUACAUUACUGGAUUAUAUGGGCAAACUCGCAGCAGCUACUGAAGCAGCUCCAAGUAAACUAAAUGUCUUAAUGGUGAAUGUAUUCAAAAUUGUUUACAAGUAUUUAUAUGCACUAUAUUACUGGAUGGGGUCUACAAACUUGCAGCAGCUAGCAAAUAAUGAGCCAAGUAAAUUAAAUGUCUUAAUGUUCAAUGUAUUAUUAUUUUUACAUGUGUUCCCCAUGGUACUGCUAGUAGUGUGUCCUAUGGUGUACUAAAUAUGCUUUGAAUGUAUUUGUGUAUUGUGUCAUAGAACCACACA